UCCCUCCGCCCCGGCCGCCAGCCUCGCUCGCGUGCGCGCUCCCGCCCCUUUCGCAAACUUCCCGGCCAGCCGCGAAGUUCCUCUUUUCCCCGCCGCCGCAGCAGCAGCAGAAGCAGCCGCCGCGCCGUCGUCCAGCGAUCCCUCCCCGGCAAGGAGCAGUUGCAGUGCGCGCGGCGCCUCCGCGAACCUCCGUCCCGGGAGCAGCAGCAGCAGCAGCAGCAGCAGCGCCGCCCAGGAGGAGCCCAGCCCGGCCGGAGCCGCCGACGCAAGCGAAGGAAGCCCAUCGGGGCCCGGGGGCCGGCGCAGAGUUCCGGCGGGCGGAAUGCAGCCCCUCCGGCGGGGACGGAGCCGCCUCCGCCGCUUCCCGGGCUUGCUGCGGCUGCUCCGGCUGCUGCACCUGGCCGUCCUGCCCACCUUGGCUGCAGGUUUGCGAUGCACGCAGCCUUCUGAGUCCUGCUUGAACGGUGGAAAGUGCGAAACCUAUCAAAAUGGAACAGGAGCUUGUCUGAAAAGGCGGGAAGAAGUAUGUGAAUCAAAUUGGUUCUUGGAGUAUGGAGGUUUUGCCCUCGAGAAAGCUGGCUUGCG